AUGCGCAUCCUCUCCAUCCCUGCUGCCCUGGUCCUGCUGUGCCUGACAGCUGAGACUCUGCAAGGCGGGCUGCCUCUACUGACACCCAGUCUAGGGAAAGGCUUGGGGAGUCUGAAUGGCUACCGAUCAGGAUUUGGUAAUGGGUAUGGGCUGGGCGCCCAGCCAGGCAUUGGAGGGGGUAUGAAGCCCCAAAAGACAGGAUUUGGGAAUGGGAAGGGAGCAGGCAUCUUCUCUCAUCAGCCAGGUGCCACUCCACCAGGCUUUGGAGUGGGUGUGAAGCCCCCAAAACCAGAGGCUGCAGCUCAGAACGGCCACGGACCAGGACUGGGCAACGGGAAUGGGCUUGGAGCCUUUCCGGAAGCUGGAGCCCAGUCAGGUUACAGUAGUGGUAAGAACGGCCUGGGAGCCCCACCAGGUGAGGAUCAGUGUGAGACAGGCCCUGCAGCUCCAGGUGGCUUUGGCCCAGGCUUUGUGGGUGGUGGCAAGCCCCAGAAGGCUGGAUUUGGGAAUGGGCUGGGAGCUCAGCCAGGACUCUCAGCUCAGAAUGGCUAUAGACCAGGUCUUGAAGGGGGUAUGAAAGUUCAGAAGCCAGGAUUCUGGAAUGGGCACGGGUUGGGAGCCCAGCCAGGCCCCCCAGCUCAGAAUGGAUAUGAAGCAGGUUAUGGAGGGGUUGUGAAGCCUCAGAAGCCAGGAUUUGGGAACGGGCACAGGCUGGGAGCCCAGCCAGGAUUUGGAGGGGAUGUGAAACCCCAGAAGCCAGGUCUUGGAGGAGGCAUGAAACCCCAGAAGCAAGGAAUCAGAGGAGUGAAAGCUCUAAAGCCAGGGUACAGAAAUGGUCUGGGAUCCAGAGCCUUGCCUGGAGCAGGUGCCCAGCAAGGCCUGGGAGCGGUCAUGACACCUCAGAAACCAGGAUACCUGCCAGGGAAUGGGGACAGGUUAGGCAUCCCACCAGGUGAGGGCGGCAAGCCGGGCCUGGGGGUGCCGAAGGGAGCAGGGUGCCCAGGGCUAGGGAUGGAAUUAAAGGAAGUCCUUUCAGCCCUGGUGGGAAAGUGGUUAAAGCUCAGCUGCAAACUGAAAGGUCCCUGCAAUGGAGGGGUACCCCCACUGCUCCACCCAAGGCCCCCGACUCCAGCGGUUCCUUCAGAGAAAAGGGGCAGCUGGGGCCUGAAGUCCAAGACCCCUCCCCCUGUGCAGAAUGGCAAGCCCCCAGCACCCACCCCAGCCAUCCAGUGGGGACUGAAACCUCAGAAAGCAGGGUAUUACCCUUCAGAUGGCCAUGGACCUGGAGUGGACCUGGGCUUUAGUGGUGGCCUCAAGCCACAGAAAGUCGGUUUUGACUACAGGAAUGGUGGUCUGGGAGUUGGAGACUUCCCUGAGGCCCGCCUACAACCAGGGUUCCCUGGGGCCAAUGGCUUUGGGAAUGGAUAUGGAGAGGAGGUGCUGGCAUACCCCAAAGUAGCAGUCCCAUCCCCUGAAGGAAAUGGUCAGGCCUCAGCGCUUGGAGACUCUCCCUGGCCCUCCCUUAAGCCCUGGGGGGCUGCCUCUAAGCCAGGAUAUGCACCCAGAGCCAGGGGUCCCUACCCAGGAGUUGAGAGCCAGCCAGGGCACUAUGGGCAGCUGAGGCCAGAGCUGGGCGCUGGGCCCUUUGGGGGGCCUGAGGGGAAAAGAGACAGCAGUGGCCUGCUGAGAAAUGGCUAUGGAGACCGCGAGGCAGACAAACUGGAACCCCAUCUCUUCCGCUCGCGCUCGCACUCGCGGCUCGUCCGCUCCCGGGUCCCCUCGCGGCUGGGCCGGCCGCGCCCCCCGCGGACCCCGCCUCUCGUGCAGUCGCUACCUCACCCACCUCUGCCCGGUCUGCCGCCCGGCCUGAGUCCCACGCCGCCACCGCCCUCGGCGCUCGCCUUGGCCGCGCUCCCACCCCUUCCUGCACUACCGCUGCGUCCGGAGCCCCUGGCGCCCUGGGGUCCCUGCGCGUACCUGACACUCCCCGAGCUGCCUCCCGAGGUCUCGGCACCUGCGCCGCCCGCUGCCGCGCUGGCCCUCCAGGGGCUACCUCGCCUGCCUGCGCCUGCGCCGCCUCCUGCACACCUGCCAUUGCCGCGCCUGCCCGAAACCGCCAUCGCCGAGGUCCCCGGGCCAGUGGGUGCGCGGGGCCGCCCUCCCCUGAUCGCGGAGCCGCCACCGCUGCCUCUGCCCGCUCUCCCGGCGCGACCCUCCCCCUUCGACCUUCUGGCGCCGCCCACGCCCCGGGACCCCUGGCCGCUGCCGCCCUUCUCGCCAUCCCUGUCCCCUCACUUCUUCCUUUCGCCGCCCUGCUGA